AUGGCCCUCGAACUGUUCCUUGAGGAACUCCACAUGGGCAUCAGCCUGCGCCAAAUAACAGACGGUAAAAACUUCAUCCAAAUGAUCCAUCAUCGUGGUCAAGGUCUUAUGGACUGCGAUUACAGUAGACGAAGAAAAACCAUCGAUGCAUUUUUGGAAUCCUUCAACAGAGAUAUCAGAAGAACCUACUCAGUAUCACACCAGAAGACUUACAACCACACCAGAAACCAUCAUCAGGGACAAAAAACUUCUGGCGAAUCUGUUGAGGGUUCUCCUGAUGAUUCUCCUGAUGGUGAAUUAAGUAAAGCUCGUCAGGACGAGAGGAGCAGAAUAGAAAGUUUUAUAGAAAAUGGUGUUUUGGCACCUGAAGAUUUAGAUUUUAAUUGGAACCAAAGACGGGUUGGUGUGCACAAUGCAACUUUUGUAAUUAUCAAGUCGAUGCAAGAAGUUCCUGGCGACAUGAGGGGUUGGUUGAAUUACGCCAAAAUGAAAAGGCAGUGUGAGAGGAAGCACAGGGAAUUGAGAAGGGAUUUCAAGAGACGUGAAAGACACGCUGAAAAAGUCAGAAGGUUGAACGACAGAAAGGAAUUGCACCCGAGGUUUCGACGAGGUCUCACCGAUUUUUUCAUCGCCCCUGGCACAAAAUGGUGCGGAAUGGGCAACAGGGCAAAUCGUUACACAGAAUUGGGAGGUUUUACAUCUGUCGACAGUUGUUGUAGAAUGCACGACUCCUGCACUAAUAUCAUAAGGGCUGUGGAGUCGAAGUACGACUAUUUUAACUUCAGCCCUUUCACUGUUUCGCAUUGUGGGUGCGAUAGAAGAAAGCGAAGAGGCCUCUCCUCCCUGCUGCGCGUGCCCGGCACCGAGUGGUGCGGCCUAGGCUACGGCGUCACGAAAUACACGCAACUCGGCGGCUUCUCGAAGGCGGACCGCUGCUGCAGGCAGCACGACAUGCGCUGCAAGCACUGGAUUCAGGGGUUUAGCGAAAGAUACGGAUACUUCAAUUGGGGUAUCAACACGUUGAUGCAUUGUAGUUGUGAUCAGAGAUUUCGUACUUGUCUAAAAAUCGCCGGAACCACAACGGCUGAAAUAGUUGGUAAAUUAUUCUUCAAUGUUGUGCAGACAAAGUGUUUUGUUUUCAAGACAGAAAAAGUUUGUACAAAAUACACCUGGUGGAAAAACACUUGUAAAAAAUAUACCAAGAAAAAGAGGGCUGUCCUGAGGAGCAACAUGGCAUACUAG